CUUUGACUUGAAGAAAUGUGUUUAACAUUUAAACCUAUUUCCUGCAUAUUCAGCAUAUAAAAUAACAAUAUUUGUGUUUACGUUCACUUUUUCAAAUAGAUGCAAGUAAAAUACAGCAGGAACGCGUUACAGCCUGUCUCCUUUCCUCACCUCCUGCUGAGGACUUAGGAAAAGAGAAGUGGAACGACCUCACACUCGCUCUUCUUGACGGUGUGAGGCCGGAUGUCCGCCGUGUUGAAACUACAACGAGCAGACGGACUACAAACGCGCAUCUUGUCUCAGCGUGUUCUGUUGUUUGGUGGAGGUCAUAUAAACGAGAACAGCCUGUGUAAAUAUCCUGCACCACAGAGGCGGGAAUUUUAAAGCCGGAGGAACAUUUAGGGUCCGAUUUCCUGCCGUCACAGAGACGAACACAGAGUCUGUGCUGACAGCUGUGGACAGCAGCACUUUGGGCCUUAUGCACGUGUUUGUUUCACUCCCAGGAGACAAUUUUAAACGUCGCUUCAAAAUCUGUCACACACAGUUUACUGCAAACUGCACGAAAUCUGCCAGUGCGUCACAUUAAUGUCUCAAUAUUGCACUGUGCUCUUCAAACUAAGAAGUGCUGCACACAUUCAUGCGUGUGCCACAGUAACCAUAGUAACAGAGUUCAGUUUGUAAUGAUGCAGCUCUCCUCGGGAUAAAUCGGAGCUCCACCCGAGUCCUAAUCCUGAGACCUUUGCACGGUGCUCAGAGGUAUUUCUUCUAUCAGACUGAUUCUCCUGAACAUGAGCUCACACUGCAUUAUUUUGGUCAGUAGGCUCUCCUGUGUUUUUGAGUCACAUAUUCUCUCUGCUGAUUCUUACUGAAGCCAACUGGCUGCAUCUCUGUAUAUAAAUUACAAUACAACUAUAAAAUAAAAUCCAUAUCAUGUUCUUAUAUCUUCCUGCUGUGGAGGUCGUUCCCUGUAAAAUUCCUCCAUCAUCACCUAUCCCAGCUGACCUGAAGUAAACAGACUGUAACACAACAAAAGUCAUUACUAAUGAACGCUCUUCAUGCAGGAACAACUCAACAGGAAGUAGUUUGUAUUCCAGCAGUGUGACGUUCAGGGUUCAGCUGCUGAUAAAAACUAGAAAUACAUCAGCAGCUUAUGGCUGAAAUGGAAAAUGGAAUGUUAUGAUGAACGUUUACAUGAUCUGCUCUGCUUCGGUUAUUAUGUUUUUCAUGAAUGGUCGGAUGGUCCGUCGCUGUGAAUUAUGGGAUGGCGUUUUCUCCUCUCCUUUCAUCAAGGAUGCUUUGGUGUAUCCUACUCUAAAGGGAGCACUGAAGCUCCUUUCAUUGGAGUUCGGAGAGAGGGGGAACAGCUCCGAUCAUGGUCACGUAUCUCAGUGAGGAACACGCCCACAGUUUCUGCUGAAGUCAUCAUUACAGCGAGCGACGCUGGUUUCAGCCUGAUGAUGACAUCAGGUGUGUUGUUGUUUAAAACGGGUGCAGUGUACACCUUUUCACACUUUCAAACGUUUCAGUAACAACAAAGAAUUAAAACCAUCUUACGGCUGGGGAUUGAACUUCAGUCUCACGCUUUCAUUUCCAAUCACUUUAUUCAAGAGGUGGGACUGAAUGGGGGCGGGGUCUAGAGAUCAGCGUGGAGACUUCCUGAAGAGUGUCUGAAGCCACAGAAAGUUGAUUCUGUUCACCUGGACGCCGAGUUUUCAGUGGUGGAUCUGCUUCGUUAUUUCAGCCUUACCUGGAUCAUCAGGCAUGCAUCGAGACAGAGGAGUGUUUUUGUACUGUUAAAUGAAGUUUUGAUACAAAGCUUUGAUAAUGAGAAAGAGUCAAAUUUACAUCCAUCCAUUUAUAUACUCGUCUCAGUUCUUCCUGUGGGGGCAGGAGAGUCCAGUACUGCAGUUAUUUCCCACAGAGAAGAAGAGCAGCCGCCAGAGCGGAAGUGAGGUAAAUCAGCGGGAGAAUCCGCGGAGCGGCAUUUCUGUAUGAGUACCGCCGGGUUAAAGGUCACGCCGUCACCGACAAACACACACACAGCCGAGAAGAAGCUCCGAGAGCCAACUUUCUGCUAACCAGCGGCUUCCUGCUCGAGUGAGUCUCUGCUCCUGUACGGAGAGCCCUGCGUGCCAAAAGUAACAGCAAGACCUUUGUGGUGAAGGCGGAACAAGCGGCUCAGCUCCAGUUUCAGUCCGGUACCACCUCACGAUGCACUGCAGCCCCUUUUCCAUUUGUACCUGCUCGGCUCGGCUUUCAGGGUUCUCCAUUCGGUCACAGUUCCUGGUACCAGGUACUGUUUUAGUACCUGCUCGGACGGGUUCCAAGCGAUCCCAGCAGGUAUUAAACUAUGACGUCAUCGGACUGCAUGCCACUGAUUGGCUGGUCAGUGGCGUCACUCGAUAGGUCAUGAGAACAUCUACUUCACAAAAAAACGAGAGAAAUGUGUUCUGGGAAUCCAUCCGACCUCACAAACCAUACUACCUGUUGUUUCUGCGCAUGCGCACAACACAAAAUUAAGUGGCAACCCGUCCCAUCUACUUAAAUUUAUGCUGGAAUUACUGGCCGUUUAUCAAUGCCCAAGUACGCGAGUAUGUACUCGCGUACUCGCCGAGAACGCACGGGAGUACGUACCAACCGAGAACGCGAGCACGGACUCGCGAUAUGUACAAUUGGAACACCAGCGAACGUGAUGAUGUCACAGGUCCGGAGUUUUUACUGCCGUCCCCUCUUAAUUUAACUUGCGUCCUGUAGGGGUGCGCUUGUUUUGCAGACAUGGCGGUGCAGGUGACGUGCCUGUCGUUCCGGCAGCCAUAUGCCGGCCUGGUUCUGGACGGGGUAAAGACGGUGGAGAGCCGCUGGAGGCCGCUGCUCGCUCCACUGGAGAACCAGACGCUGGCGGUCCACGUGGCUCAGCGUGACUGGGAGGGGUCGGAGUGGAGGGCGGUGCUAAGUGGCCUGCUGGGGAUGGACGGCGCUCAGAUCGAGGCGCUUCUGGAGUCUGGGGAGCGGUUCGGCCGUGGCGUGGUGGCAGGAUUGGUGGAUGUGGGCCGGACCUGGCUUUGCCCCGCCUCCCUCCAGGGAAAGGACCUACAGUGCCUGGAGCAGUCGGCCGUGCUGAUUGGUCUGCAGGAGAAGCACCUGACUAACCUGUCCAACCCUCGCUGGCUGAAGGCCCCACUGAGAGCUCCGGGAGGUCGCGACCUCUGGACCAUAGAGAUCCCAGCAAAACUGUUACCGUGACAACACAUACGUAACCUGCCCAAGCACCGAGGCCGAUCCUGGAGCGACUUCUCUGUCGUAGUACUUUGGUUUUUACAGCUGAUCAUUGAUCUGUGAUCAGAGCGAUGGCGCUGACCUCAGAUCAGGUCACUGUGAUGUCAUCAGCACACCUGAUUUUUUCUGACAGCUGUUUUAAUGAGGACACAGCCAGGGAUUUAGCCCCGCCCCCGUUUCAGCUCUGUGUGCAGCUCACCUUUAACAGUUUACCUGAGAGAAGGCGGGUCAUCGAGGACGGUAACUGCCCUUUGAUUUCAUUAGGAUGCCAAAGUUUGGGAGAAGCAGUCCUGGGGGGUGGGGUCGAGCGAGGUCUUCCAUCUCUGAGGGUGGGGGUGGGGGUGGGGGUCAGACCAAUGAUCUGAGCUCCUGAGGCCGUCAUCCCGGAGCACCAGAGGCUUCACAGCAGCUCGAUAAAAGUCCAACCCGUCUAAUCCCUGAUUUUUCGCUGCAAAACAAGUGAUGCAUUUCACUCCUUAGACUUGUCCUACUCACUAUAAGUUUAAUUUUGUUGAUGUGUGGGGGUUAAAACGGCAACAACUGUUGCCGGUGGGUUAAUAAGGAAACCUUCCAAAUGUCCAGUGUUUGUGUAAAUAACCUACCUGUGGUGCUGUUAUCAGGCGGCUGUAUGUUACACUGAAAUUAAAAGGUAAUAUUUUGCCAUG